AUGAAGAAGCUUUUACUUUUAUUUACAAUUUUUCACCUUAUCUCCUAAACCAAAACAAUUCCAAUACCAACUGACAACUAAUCAGAUUCUGGUGAUGUUAAAUUCAUUGAAAGCUAAUGUGAUAUUAUUGAGAAGGAAGUUUGCAUUAAGUAUGAUUAAAAUAUAAAGGCAUUUUAAGAUGAGAUUCAAAUAGAUGUUUAAAAUUGUAUUAGCUAAAGUGAAGGUAGCUUGUAUUUCUAAUUUAUGUUUUAUCAUUCUUUUGAAGAAUAUUAGUAAGAAUUAUAUUAUGGUUAAUAAUAUGAAAGAAAUUAUUUAACAAGACUCUCUUCUUCUAGCUCUGUUAAAACUGUUUUACCAGCAGGAUAGAUUUUUGUUUUAGUCAUUGUUUAAGAUAAAUAUAAUGCAAAAUCAAGCUACAUUACACGAGUUGACGUGUAGAAUGCAACUUUAGAUAAAAUGUAAUAUAAAUAAUUUUUUGAUGAGCAAUUCAGAAAGGUUGAAUAUCACUCUAUGAAUAACUAAAAUGAAGAAAUAUUGUUUCUAUUAAAUAUGAUAGCUGAAUGUAUUGUGGAUAUUGAAAAUAAAAAUUCGAUACUAUUCUAAAAUGAUGACUCACUUAUCAAAAUGAAAGACUUGAUUGAAUAAAGAUUAAAUAUCUUAUCAUCUAAAUUAAGCUAUGAUAAUUAUCUUCAAGAAUUCAUUAUUAGAAUUUAUUAUAAACUUUACAGCUAAUUUUCAAGCAAGGAUUAAUAAAAAAAUAUUUUUUUAAAUGUAUAAAAUAUUUUUGAAAGUAUAUAAGAGUAAAGUAAUGCAUUAAAUCAAGUCAGUAACGAGCUAAAAGAAUAUUUUUAAAAGUAGCUUUAUUCUUCUCUAGACUUAAUUCAUAAAGUUGUUUAUUGCAAAAACAAUCAAAUUGAUUAGAAUUUAUUAAACUGGUAAACUUCAUACGUUAAACUCAUGUGCGAUAUAGCAGAUGAGUUAGCUCUAACACUAAAACCUAACUAAAAGAACAUUUAACAUGACUUCUAAGAUUUUGUAGUAAAAGUGAACUUAUUUAAUAAAACAGAAGUUGCAAGUAAUUACUUGUCUCUUACUUAAUAUCAAGAAACAGUUUUUUAAAAUCUUGAAUGUAAAUAUUUUGAAACUAAAUAAAUUUAUUGGAAGGAAAAUAUUUUCUUUGAGGAUAAUUAGUUUUUAGAAAUAUACUCUAGUCAUAUUUAAAAAAUGGGAAUGGAUUAUGUGAAGAGUAAAAUGUAAAAAUAUCCUUCUAUGACUAUAAAUAUUCGUGAAUCUAUGAAAAACUAAGAAAUUGAUUUAAAUAGGCUUCUUUUUUAAUAAGAAAAAUAAAUAACUUAAAAGAUGAAUUUAACUGUUUGUUACAAUUUUGAAGAAGUUGACUAUGAUGAUAAAAUUUAAUGUGUUUAAAAAGUUGACUCAAUAUGGACUACAUAAUAUUGUUCUAAAGUUUCAAAAUAAAGAAAUAAUAAAAAGAUAAUUUCAUGUGAAUGUGAACAACUUUCUUUUACAACUCUAAUAAAUGAUUUAGAUUAUCUCAUUUCUAUAGAUAACUUAUAGAAUUCUAUAAAUGGAGAAGGGAUUUUAUAAAUUUUUUCACGUUAAAAUUGGCACUAACAUGCAACCAUUUACGUUAUUCUAGCUAUAAAUAUUAUUUUUGUUUUGUCAAUAAUUGCAGCAAAUAAAACAGAUUAAAAGUGUACUUUAUAUAUGACAUCUAGUUUUUUAAUAAAUUUGGAGCAUAUUAGAUCAUAGCAAAGCGUUUAAGUAAAACAAAACGAGAAAUAAAAUUCUGUUUCUUUGGAAAUACAAAGUUAAUAUGAAGAAAAAAAAUAGGAAUUAAAUGUUAAAGAUAUUAAAUAAGAUGAAGAAAAUUCUUAAGAAAAAUAAGAUAAUAUAUCAUAAGAUAAAUAAAAUGAGCAGAGUCCCAAAAAAACCUAAAAUGAAUAAGAAAUUAAAAUAGUAUUCUAACAAUAUAUCAAAUCAAUAUCAAUUUUUAGAGCAAUAGGAUUGUUUCAUGCUUUGUUCUCUAUAUUUCUACUCUACAACAAAAAAUAAUCGAGCCUUAUAAGAAUUUGUAACUACUAUUGCUAGCUAAUUUGGAAAUUAGCGAUAAACUUUGUAUUUGGAAAAGAUCUAACCCUAUCUUAGAUUAUGAUAUUAACAAUUAUUUCUUCUUCCUCUUUUGCUUUAUAUCAAAUAAUAUUUAUAUUGAUUCAUAAAUAAAAGAAGAUCAGAUGUCUAAGUUAUAUCUUUUGCUUCUUAUUUUCUCUAUUUAGUUACUAUUUAAUAUUAGUGUCUUUAGCUAAUUCAUCUGUAAGUUAGUCGAAUACUUGGAUAAUGGCUUUUGUUUACUCUGUUAUAAUGUGCACCUUCUUUUUUAGUAUAAUAUCCUCUGCAUUAAAAUUAUGCUUGGCAUAUAAAUUAGUAGGUUUCUUGAAUAGGAAAAACAUAUUUAUGAAAUAUAUAGGAGCAAGCUUACUACUGUAAGAGCUGAAAGAUUAUUGA